UUCAUCUAGAUAGAAAGAAAAGAACAUUAUCAUUCUCAUUAGAUCAAUGGAAAAUGCAGAAUUGAAUAAAGGGGAGUCAGUUAGGUGGAUUCUGGAGAGCAUUGAGAUUGAUAAAAUGGUGGAUGUGCCGAUUGAAGAAGAUAAACAGCCAAGCACCAUGUCAGGAAAUCCGAAUGAAAAAUCUCCCAAGACGAGUGCAACCAAUCUUAGAAAGAGGAAUGGAGUACAAGGCGGUUUCAUCCCCAAGAUGGCAAGGAUGACAUCGGGGGCUGCAAGAGGGCUUCAAAGCCUGCGGUUCCUCGAUAGGACAACCACAGGGAAAGAAGGGGAUGUGUGGAGGUCUGUUGAGAAACGCUUCAAUAACCUUGCAGUUGAUGAGAAGCUCUUUAGAGACAAAUUUGGACCUUGCGUCGGGAUGGGUGAUAGCAAGGAAUUUGCGGGGGAGUUGUUUGAUACAUUGGCGAGGCGUAGGAAGAUCAAUGGAGCAAAUGGGGUAACUCUAGGAGAAUUGAAAGGGUUUUGGGAAGACAUAUCAAAUCAUGACCUGGAUGCGCGACUUCAGAUAUUCUUCGACAUGUGUGACAAGAAUGGUGAUGGGCAACUAUCUGAGGAGGAGGUUAGAGAGGUAAUAGUGAUGAGUGCCUCUGCAAAUAAAUUGUCAAAUCUUAAGCAACACGCCUCGACUUAUGCAGCUUUAAUCAUGGAGGAGCUUGAUCCGGACAACUUAGGAUAUAUUGAGAUGUGGCAACUUGAAACUCUACUAAGAGGAAUGGUGAAUUCUGAGGAAAGCAACACCAAAGUAGCCAAGAAUACAUGUACACUGGCAAAAACCAUGAUUCCCAAACAAUAUAGAACCCCAGUUAGCAAAUUCCUAUCUAAAGCCAAGGAAAAGAUCCAUGAGAAUUGGAAGAAAGUAAUGGUUCUCACAUGGUGGUUAACUAUAAACUUAAUCCUCUUUGGUUGGAAGUUUUACCAAUAUAAACAAAGAGGGGCUUUCCAAGUCAUGGGUUAUUGUGUAUGUUUCGCCAAAGGUGCUGCGGAGACUCUCAAAUUCAACAUGGCUCUCAUUCUCUUUCCCGUAUGUAGAAGAACUCUCACGAAGCUCAGAGAAACAUUUCUAGGUUCAUUAGUCCCUUUCGACGACAACAUAAACUUCCACAAGAUAAUUGCUCUUGCAAUCGCGAUAGGGACUUCCAUUCACACGCUAAUGCACGUGACAUGCGAUUUCCCAAGACUAAUAUCUUGCCCGCAUGAUAAAUUCAUUGCAAUUCUUGGACUGGGUUUCAAUUACAAGCAGCCCAGUUACGCAGAUCUUGUUCAAAGUAUUCCAGGUGUAACAGGCAUUUUGAUGAUCGUUCUAAUGGCUUUCACUUUUACGCUAGCGACACAUUCGUUUAGGAGGAAUGUCAUCAAAUUGCCAUGGCCUUUUCACCAUUUAGCAGGGUUUAAUUCUUUCUGGUAUGCACAUCAUUUGCUGGUGAUUGUGUAUGCCCUCUUGAUCAUCCAUGGGUACUACCUAUUUCUCACUAGCGAGUGGUACAAGAAGACGACAUGGAUGUAUGUCAUGUUCCCAAUAAUUCUCUAUGCAAGUGAGAGAAUUCUUACAGAAGUUCACGAACACAAUUAUCGUGUCAACAUCAUCAAGGCUAUAGUAUACACAGGAAAUGUUCUAGCCCUAUACAUGAGCAAACCUUCAGGAUUCAAAUACAAAAGUGGAAUGUACGUCUUUGUUAAGUGUCCAGACAUAGCAAGUUUCGAAUGGCAUCCUUUCUCGAUCACAUCUGCACCAGGAGAUGACUACUUAAGCGUCCACAUUCGAGCUUUGGGGGAUUGGACUGGAGAGCUUAAAAACCGAUUUGCACAGGUUUGUCAACCUUCACCACAACCAAGAAGGGGAAGUCUGGUUAGAAUGGAAACUAAGGCAGUUUCAGACUACGACCAUUUGCAACCAGCACCGAGCUUUCCAAGGAUUGUGAUAAAAGGACCUUAUGGAGCACCAGCUCAGAACUACAGGAAGUAUGACAUCCUUUUACUCAUUGGCUUAGGAAUUGGAGCCACCCCAAUGAUCAGCAUUCUUAAAGAUCUUUUAAACCACAUCAAGCCAAGUGAUUCUCCAAUGGUCAUGGAAGAUGGACAAUUGUUUGAUGGGGAUAAGAAAGGUCCAGAAAGAGCCUAUUUCUAUUGGGUGACGAGGGAACAGGGCUCCUUUGAUUGGUUCAAAGGUGUCAUGGAUGAUAUUGCAGAGUAUGACCACAAUCAUAUGAUAGAAAUGCACAACUACUUGACUAGUGUGUAUGAAGAAGGAGAUGCUCGAUCUGCACUUAUUGCCAUGGUUCAAUCUUUGCAGCAUGCUAAGAAUGGUGUCGAUGUCGUCUCUGAGAGUCGGAUAAGAACACAUUUUGCAAGACCCAACUGGAAAAAAGUGUUCACUGAUUUGGCAAACACGCACAAAUCUUCUCGAAUCGGUGUUUUUUAUUGUGGAAGCCCUAUGCUUACAAAACCGCUAAAGAAGCUUUGUCAGGAAUUUAGCCUAAACUCAUCCACUCGCUUCCAUUUCCACAAAGAAAAUUUUUAAACUAUAUUUGGAUUUAGAACUCAAGUAAAAAUUUAUAGAGGAAAGAGAAAAGACGAGGAGAAUGGAGAAUACAUGCAUCACAUUUUUCUUUUCCCUAAACAUGAAUUCUAAAUCCAAACAUAGCUUUUAUAGUGUAGAAACUUUUGUACGUGUAACAAAUUUGUAGAUAACAAGAAAAUAUUACUUCCUCUUGUUAGUGAUUUGUAUAGAAGGGUGAGAAAAGAUUAGAGAAAAGGCAAUUUUAGAUUAGAAGUUUCUUACGAUAGUGUUUAACCUUGCAAAUGUAUUUAUCAGUUUUAAGCUUGUACACAACUACUUUAAACUUGUCCUUUGA